UUGACAGAUUGAACGCGCGUUGAUUUGCGCACGCAAUAACGCAACACUACAUCGUUCAUAACAUCUGCGCUUAUAACCCGGGCAGAACUUCAAGACUUUUUAGAUCGAAGUACCAGUACUGAUCAACCGCAACGAAACAGCGAAGAUGAAGCUAAACGUUCUUUUGGGUUUCGUCGCGUUGUAUAUUUGUCACUGCCAAGCGCGCGUCCAGUUGCGUCUAACUGACGGUAAACAUAAAUACGAAGGUCGUGUUGAAGCGUUUGUCAACAGCCAAUGGGGACCGAUUUCAGCCCGCGGUUGGAAUAAAAAAGCAGCGCAGGUCGUCUGUAGACAACUGGGGUUUGGCGGCAAAGUUAUACGUUACACCAAGGGGUAAGUCUUGGUAAAAUACGAUAAAUAAAAAUAUAUACAUACCUGUUAGUUACGCCAUGUUAAUAUUGUUUUUGAUACAAGUGUGUAAGGUAAUACUUUCAUGAUGAGUUUAAAAUUGACACAUGACAAGUUUAUUGAAAACUUCAAGUAUCUUGCUAUACGGCUAUACCGUUUCUCGCCCCCCCCCCCUCCCCCUCCCCCAGCGGCGCUAGGCAGGCUAUGUGCUCACGCCAAUACAUUGUUUCACCAUGGGGAAUUAUUAAUAUCGUAGGGGAAUUCUGAAAUCAGAGGGUGUUAUCUAGGUGGAGGAAACAGCUCUUUUGAUUGGGCAGAUUAAUGUUAAAAUCUUUUGCAAUAUUGAUGGUUAUUUUGGGACAUUCCGGCGUAAGGAAGGAAAGGCGUAUGUCCUUCCUGAAUAUGUGUUUUAGAUUUCUAAAAUUAUUUUCUCAAUAAAAUAACUUAAUACUAAAGUGUAUUUUUACAACAGUAAGUGAGUCACCCAAAGGAAAACGUAUCAGUGUUAACUGGAUUGACAAAGAAUUGUCAAUAUUUUUGAGCAUGUCAUUUUGUAUAUUCAUAUAUCAAAAUUUUAUCAGUUUUCUAAGUGUUGACAAGCUUUGUGUGUUUAUAAUCAUUUCUUUUUAAGAGUAACCUAUGGUCACCCCAAGGGUCCGAGACCAGUAUGGCUUGAGGCGAUAAACUGUAAUGGAACGGAGAAUCACAUAGAUGACUGUAACCAUAGUGGAUGGGUGAAGUCAAAACGGAGAUUAAAUUUUUUUGAUUUAGCUGGUGUCAUGUGUUAUACUGCAGAAGGCCGUGUUCUUUUCCCACCAGUUGCCUCAGCCUGGGGUGAUAUUAAUGUAGGUAUUAACUUCACAAUUUGUGGAGGAGAAAAAUUGAAAUGAAAUCCCACAAUUCUGUUUGUGCGGGGUAUCAAGUGCACGAAUAGACAUUGCACAAAAUGAAAAGGACAAAAAACAUCGUUUUCUCACGCUGAAUACACCGGUUUCAUACACUUUCC